UAAAUAUUGGUAAAUUGCUGUAGUUGUAACAAAUAUGGCAAAAUAUUUGGCGCAAAUCAUUGUUUUGGGUACACAGGCGAUUGGACGUGCCUUUGCCAAGGCAUUGAAACAAGAAAUUGCAGCCUCUCAAGAGGCUGCACGCCGAGCCGGUGGUGGCCGUCAGGGUGAGAAAAGGGCAGAGGCCAAUGCCCGAUCAGGCAUGACUUUGGAAGAAGCUAAACAAAUAUUGAAUGUCGAUGAUUUAAAGAAUUUGGAAGACGUCAACAAAAAGUACCAACAUUUGUUCGAUGUCAAUGAUAAAGCAAAAGGUGGUUCCUUUUAUCUGCAAUCCAAGGUAUUCCGCGCCAAAGAACGUAUCGAUGAUGAACUCAAAGAGGCUUUGAAAUCCGCAAAAACAUCAACGUCAGCGACAGAGGAUGCAACAGGGCCGGGUGACAAGCAACGAUGAUGAGUUAAGUCUGUGGUUGGGGUGACGGUUUAGACAUUUAUAGAUGACUAGUAGAUGAACGUUUAAAAUACGCUUUAGUUUUAUAA